UUGAGGGUAGAAAAAAAAAAGGGGGGGGAAGAAAGGGUCUGUCCUUCUUGGGCUUCCUAGCCGAGGCCAGUCUGCUGCCGUGUGCUUGUGCAUCGGGGCUCUCCGGGCGGCAAUGGGGGCUUGAGAGCCGGGUCCCCCGCGCCGGGAAGGGAGCGCGGUGGCCGCUACAGCCACCGCCACCACCCCGGAGUCCCCGCGCCGAAGCUGCGGUCGGGCGGCGGGCGAGCACGGGCUCGGGCAAGGGCUGCUUGGCGCGACACGGUACCGUGCGGCGGCGGCGGCGGCGGCGCGGCGCGGCGGUGCGGGCUUUUCCCAGGCGCCCCGGGGUCGGGUGGCCACUGGCGCGGCCGCAGGCACUGAGCGCGUCCGGCUCGGGGCGGCGGCGGCGUGCGUGCCGGGGUCAGGGGGCUCCGCCGCUUCGCCCGCUACUCACCCGGCUCCCCGCUUCCCUCUCUCCAGGGCAGGCGGCUUCGUUGAGCACAACAGCUCCAGCUGGCAGCAUCACCUCCCACAGAUUUAUCCAACUUCUGCCAAGGUUCUGAAAUGCCAACAAUGUCGAGGCCUGCACUUGAUGUCAAAGGUGGCACCUCUCCUGUAAAGGAGGAUGCCAACCAAGAGAUGAGCUCUCUGGCCUACUCUAAUCUGGGGAUGAAAGAUCGCAAAACAGUGACCAUUCUGCACUACCCCGGGGGAGCCUCAAACGGAACCAAGGCUAGUGGGGCUCCCACUAGUUCCUCGGGACCUCCAUCUCCAGUAGGCUCUCCUACUGCCACCCCACCCACUAAACCCCCACCCUUCAACCUGCACCCUGCCCCUCACCUGCUGGCUAGUAUGCAGCUACAGAAACUUAAUAGCCAGUAUCAUGGGAUGGCCGCUGCCACUCCUGGCCAACCUGGGGAGGCAGGGCCCCUGCAAAAUUGGGGCUUUGGGGCUCAGGUGGGAGGGGCAGGGUCACUCUCUCCUUCUGCUGGUGCCCAGAGUCCUGCUAUCAUCGAUUCGGACCCGGUGGAUGAAGAGGUGCUGAUGUCGCUGGUGGUGGAACUGGGACUGGACCGAGCCAAUGAGCUUCCGGAGCUGUGGCUGGGGCAGAAUGAGUUUGACUUCACUGCAGACUUUCCAUCUGGCUGCUGAUGCCAAGUGUCUGUAAAGAUGGAGGAAUAAAGCCACCAAUUCUGUUGUAAAUAAAAAUAAAAGUUACUUACAAAAAGA